GAAUAAUAUCAUACACGGAAUAUGUAUUUUUAUUGUGCAUUCUUACUAAACCACAGGGUGGAUUUAAGAUUGCAUUCAAUAUGUUUGAUAGAGAUGGUAACCAAAAAGUUGAUAGACAGGAGUUUUUAGUGAUUGAAGAGAUAUUUGGCAAGAAAACUGAUACUGAUCCAAGUAAAAGUGUGAGUUUAGUAUCCAAAUACCUGGGCCGUGACCGUGACACUUUCAAGCCUCAGUCGCUGGAAGGUCCACCUAAGACAACACUGAUGGUACAUCUUUUUGGCCAUAAAGGAAGAGACACUCUUGAUUUCCAAACAUUUUAUAGGUUCAUGGAUGAUUUACAGGUUGAAGUUUUAGAAUUGGAAUUCAUGGAGUUUUCCAAAGGCAUGAACACCAUCUCAGAAGAAGAAUUUGCAGAAGUGUUAUUGAAAUAUACACGUGCAGUUGAUACUGAGAGAGAAGACUACAUUGAGAGACUGAAAACACGUAUCCAACAAGACAAG